AUGAGCGAGCGCAGCCCCCAUGAGUCCCCAUCUGCGGCGGAGGCCCCCGGUGGGCAGGAGGAAGGUGAGGACCCCUCCUGGCGCUGGCGGGGUGUACCCUGCGGGGUCCCCCGGCACCGCUAUCAUCCCUGCCCCCCCUCGGGAUCCCCGUUCUGCCCCGCUGCUGCUUCAUCCCCAGCGCUGCCCGCAUCCAAAGCCGCAGACCCCAAGAAGGUGGUGGAGGAGGAGAUUGACAUCGACCUGAGCGCUCCCGAGACGGAAAAAGCCGCGCUCGCCAUUCAAGGCAAAUUUCGCCGCUUCCAGAAGCGAAAGAAGGAGUCGGGGCCCUGAGCGGGACCCCCUUCCUGUGGCGGGCACCCCGCUCCUGCACGUGGGAACGGCCCCAUCCUGACCUCCGCCGUGCCAGGGCUGCCCCCUCCUCGGCGAACCGGGCCGGGGGUCUCAGUCCUUCCUACCCCUCGCCCACCCACCCCUGAGCCGGGUCCCCGGGUGAAGCUGAAGGGGUGAUGUGGGGGGACACUGCUGGGUCCCGUGUCCUCUGGAGUGGAGAUGGCCCCGGUGCCAGGGAAUGGCCCCGAAAAGCCCUUUUCCCUGGGGCAGCCCCUGUUUUCUUUGUCCGUCGUGGUGAUACUGGGGGCUGGGGACAUGCUGGGGAGGGGACUGGUGUCCCCUGAGCUAGGGGAAGCCCCUGCCCCAUCCUGGGGGGUGGGACACUGCAGGGGGGACGUGCUGCAGCCCACCACGGGAAACCAAGGCCCCUCAUCCUCGCACUGCCCCCUCCCCAUCCUUCUGUCAUUGUCACAGCCCCCUCACUGGGGUGGCUUUAGCAUGUGUAAAGAAUAAACCAUCGGCGAAGAGGAGCCAGGCUGGUACCCGGGAAGGAGUGUG